AUCCACUCCUCGGCCACGCAUGCGCUCGAAUGGCGACAAAGGUGUCGAGACGCAGUUCUGGGGGCGCUGAAAACUGUACUGUACCGUUUUCAGCAAUGACAAUUCUUAUACUAUAAUAACAACGAAUUUACUCCCGUAUGAGUUUUCUUCCCUUUUGUUGGUUAUUACUAAAUCAAUAGACUACAUGUAGCUUAUUUUCGGGGAAGUUUCACGUACGCAUCCACAUCCACAACCACCACCACCAACAACAACAGAUUCCUCGUACAUGCAUUCGAAUGUAUCCCCAUUCGCAAGAAAUGACAUCGAUGACUUUUGAACAAGGCGUACCGAUAUCCGAUCUACUUAAUCUGCCUCUUAAUCGAUAUUUUGGGGAUUGGUUAAAUACACAGAUGAAAGAUGGUUGCACAAUCAGUCAUAAACCUCCACACAUGUGGUAUGGAAAUUUAGUUACUAUGUCCUGGUGGGAUGAGUUAUGGCUAAGCAAAGGUUUUGCUUAUUCUCUGAAGCAUAAGGUUACAGAAGAUGCAAUUCUUCCUGGCUGGCAAGUCACAGAUUUGUUCUUACUCGAACAAAUGCAUUCUGCUCUUGCAAUCGACGCGGAACUGAGCUCGCACCCUAUCGUUCAAACUGUUAACAAUACCGAUGAAGUAACUGCAAUAUUCGAUGAAAUAUCUUACAAAAAGAUGUCCUCGAUAAUUAGAAUGAUGGAGAAUUCCAUAAAAUCAACAAUUUUUGAAAAGGAAAAUUACUUAGAUCUAAAGAAACUUAUGUACCAAAACUCGGAAGCCGCUUACCUCUCCAAAAUAUUACAAGAAUGCUCUCUGGAUAACUUGAACGUGACAGCUAUAACAGAUACGUGGACCAGACAGAAAGGAUUCCCAGUGGUGAACGUGAAGAAAUCUGGUAAUAAAUAUAUAUUGACGCAGAAACGAUUCUUGAUCGAUCCGAAUGCUGACUUUGAUCCAUCGGAAUCCGAAUACGGGUACAAAUGGACUAUUCCUAUUACUUACAUCACCAACAAGAUAUCCACACCUAUUCUUGUGUGGUUCGAUAAAGAUGCCAAAGAUCUGGUGAUUGAAUUGGACGACCCAGUUGACUGGAUCAAGUUCAACGCACAUGAAGUUGGAUAUUAUCGUGUUAACUAUGAACAAAAUGAGUGGAAUCCCCUUUACAAUAUUCUUCGAUGCCAACAUGAGACAUUGUCGGCGCUUGAUAGAGCGCAUCUUCUGGAAGACGUGUUCAGUUUAGCCUAUGCUGGGCAACUCGAUUAUAGUCUGGUUAUGAAUAUGAUGAAGUACCUGAAACGAGAAAGACACCCUAUUCCAUGGUGUGUGGCUUCCUCAAAGUUAAUGUACAUCUUUUCUCUCUUGAGGGAUGAGGGCGUUUUCCCGAAGGCAUUCAAGAGAUAUGCGGGAGACUUGGUAGACGGCAUAUACCAUGAAAUAGGAUGGGGAUUGAAGGAAGUAACAGACGCUAAAAACAAAGAUUAUACAGAUAUAAGACUUCAAAAGACAAUCUUGGAAUUCGCCCUCGCUGUGGAACACAAAGAUUGUAGUCUCGCAGUCAAACGAAUAUUCAUAAAAUAUUUCUUUCCUACGUAUGAUGAAGAUCGAAUAGAACACGUUCCAGCAAACCCUUAUAUCCGUGAUCUUUUCAGUUAUUACGGAAUGCAUUUCAUUGGCGAUAUAUCAGCAUGGGAAAGUAUAUUCAAAAUAUAUAAAGCUGAGAACAAUAGGAUAGAGAAACUGAUGUUGAUGCGUACGCUCACCGCGAUCAAGGACACUUCGAUUUUGGAACAAUUCAUUGUAACGGCCACAGACGAGAAAUACGUCGCCGUCCAAGACUUCCUCGGUUGUUUAAUCGCCAUGUCGGAAAAUCCCGUAGGAACACCAUUAGUCUGGGAAUGGGUGCGCUCCAAUUGGGAGUUCCUAGUGGACAGAUAUACCCUGAACGACCGGCAUCUCACUUCGUUGAUCCCAUCAAUCACGAAGACGUUCGCCACACAGACAAGUUUAGACGAAAUGGAAUGCUUCUUUGCCAAGUAUCCCGAUGUUGGCGCUGGCGCCAUGCAUCGCGCCAAAGCAUUAGAGACAGUAUCCAAUAACAUAAAAUGGCGAGCCAGAUCGCGUAUGAAGCUGGGAACAUGGUUACUUCGAUACAGAGUAGAAAAGUGAAGAAGGUCGAUAUAAAGACACUUGUUAUUAUGGCAAAUCAUAUCAAAAGCAUGUAAAAUUCUGUCUUAAUCGACAGAAUUUGCAAAGGAAAGAAGAAGUUUUACAUGCAAGAAGGUACUGUUAUGAACGUGAGAAGAAGAAUAAGAUUUACGUUUGUUUUUUGUUUUUAUUUUGUUAAUUUAAUUUAAGAAAGAAUAAAGAGAAGGAGAAAUA